UUUUACUUUUUACUAAAAUUUUAAAUAAAAUAAAUAAAGUGGCCCACAAUUCAAGAUUCUCUACCUUUAACAAAACUCUCCUUUUCUCUCCCCUCCUUCAAACUACCAUCUUCCUCUUUUUCACAAAACCUUAACAUCUCUCUUCUCCUCCAACAAUGGCGAUCCCCGAAAACCUAACAAGAGAACAGUAUGUGUACUUGGCGAAACUCGCUGAACAAGCUGAACGUUAUGAAGAGAUGGCUAAAUGCAUGGACAAACUCGUCCUCACCAGUUCCUCUUCUGGCUCCGAACUUACUGUUGAAGAACGUAAUCUUCUUUCUGUCGCUUACAAGAAUGUUAUCGGCUCUCUUCGUGCUGCCUGGCGUAUUGUUUCUUCCAUUGAGCAGAAAGAAGAAGGUCGCAAAAAUGAUGACCAUGUCCUUCUAGUUAAAGACUACCGUACAAAAAUUGAAUCUGAACUUUCUGAUAUUUGUGGUUGUAUUCUUAAACUUCUUGAUUCCAAUCUCAUUCCUUCUGCUUCUGCAAGUGAGUCUAAGGUUUUUUACUUGAAGAUGAAAGGUGAUUAUCAUCGUUAUUUGGCUGAGUUUAAGUCUGCUGAUGAAAGGAAAUCUGCUGCUGAAGAAACUAUGCUUGCUUACAAAGCUGCUCAGGAUAUUGCUCUUACGGACUUGCCGCCAACACAUCCCAUAAGGUUGGGUCUUGCUCUCAACUUCUCAGUGUUCUACUAUGAGAUCCUCAAUGCUGCUGAUAAAGCUUGUAGCAUGGCUAAACAGGCAUUUGAGGAAGCCAUUGCAGAGCUGGAUACUUUGGGUGAAGAAUCUUACAAGGACAGCACUCUAAUCAUGCAACUUCUGAGGGACAACCUCACCCUUUGGACAUCAGACCAGGAUCAAUUGGACGAAUCAUAGAAGAUGUCAAGCCCUGUUGGAUGUGGUCAAUAGUUUAAGUUUUAACGUUUCCUUUCCUGUUUGAAGAUAUUGCCUUCAACUUGUUAGUUGCAUGGUGGUUUUCAGGAAUUGCAUAUGAAACGGAAACAAUGUUACUUCGUUUUACAUUUUAAUGAAUUUUUGGCUUUUA